CAAACAACAACACUCGCUCGCUUUGCUUGCUUGCUUGAAGGCCAGUGCUCACAACAACCACCACAACAACAACCACCACCACCAACAAUGGUGUCUUGGUUGGCAAUGCUGGCGGUACUGGCAAUGCUGGCGGUAGCCGCGUGUCCUGUUGUUGGUGGUGUGAGCAAUCGCCUCCGUGACCCCACUCACGGGGCCACCGCCCGUGCUGAGAUUCGCGCUCGCGUCGUUGGAGAGCUGCAUCUUGAGUAUGAGCCGUGGGUCAUGUCGAGCAAGACUGCAUCGUGGUUGCGCGAUGACCCAGACAUUGCCACCGUGUACCGACGCUAUGUGCUGUCGCUCCUCAUCCCUUCGGACAAGAUUGCCUCUGCCGUUCACGGCUACAACACCUUCAUGCAGCAUUUUGUGCCUUCAAACUGCACCUGGUCUGACAUUGACUACGCUUCCAAAGCAAGGGCAGACUGGCCUGCAGGCGACCACAUGUCGAGGGUGGAGGACAUGGCGCAGCUGCUGAUGACGCCAGCAUCUCCGCUGUACAGGAACAAGACACUCACCAACCAGACCACGUGCGCCCUGCACGCGUGGACAACACGCGACAUGCAGAACCCAAACUGGUGGUGGAACGACAUUGGCAUCCCACAGCUCAUGGGCCACACGCUGCUGCUACUCACCCCCGACACUGUGCCGCGCUCCAGCGAGAUUGCGCAGGUGGCGCAGCGCAUCAUGGACCGGGCCAGGUGGUGGACAAUGACCGGCGCCAACCGCAUCUGGGAGCUCAACAUCAAGAUCAUGCAGGGCCUCUUCUUCAACAAUGCCAGCCUCGUCGCCACGGGCUUCUCCAACGUGUACGCGGCCGUCGCGUUUGUGCACCAGCCGCUGGAAGGCAUCCAAGUGGACGGCAGCUUCCACCAGCACGGGCCGGAGCUGCUGGCGGGGUCAUAUGGGGCGGACUUCACCGCCACCAUCCUCGGCCUGCUGCAGUUCUCCAGCGGUACGCGCUUCUACAUGGACGCGGCCCACAUGGCCGUGUAUGCGCGCCUGGUGCUUGACGGGCAGCAGUGGAUGGUGGCCGGCCACCGGCAGCAGGACUGGUCCGUUAUUGGCCGCGAGAUUACGCGCCCAAGCGGAGUCCACACGUGGACCUUCAGCCCAACGCAGUUGCGCAACGUCACGGCCGGCAACCGCACGCAGGAGUUCCACGCCUUUGCAGACUGGCUGGACGGAGUGUCUGGCGCCAAGCCCGUGACGGGGGCGCGGUACUACUACGACAGCGACUAUGGCGUGAUGCACACGCCCACGCACGUGGCGUCCGUGCGCAUGUACUCGAAGCGGACCGUGAACGCGCGCUGCGUGAACGACGAGGGCACGCAGUCCGAGCACACCGCGGAUGGGGUGGUGAACCUGUACUACGAUGGUCACGAGUACGACGGCAUCUACCCUGUCUGGGACUGGAAGCAGCUGCCUGGCACCACCAUCCCGCAGUAUCCACAGACGCCAUCAUGUGCCACCACAACACGCCUGUCGCCGCACGGGUUUGUGGGCGGGGUUGUCGCCGGCGAUGGCUCGUUGCUUACAGGCAUGCAGCUGUCGACGCACGGGUUGGAUGUGCUGCGCGUAUUUGUUGUCCGCCCAGAGGCCAUCAUCACCGUCGACGCCUUUGCCAACUUCACAAGCAGCGCCGACCCCUCGUUGCCGCUUUCACAGCGGUCACCCUCCUUGACGCAACAGUCACCUCCUUCCCCCUCUUCAUCGCCCUCCACUCCAUCUCCACACACCACCACCGCCACCACCACCCUGUCAUCGGCGUCUGUGCCUGUUCUGACCACGGCCGCCAACCGACUGCUGAGUGGAAACGUGACUGUCAAGCUGGCAAACGAGACAGCACCACGCGUGCUUGCUCGCGGCGAGCACAACUUCACGGCGGGUCUGGUGCAGUGGGUGCACCACGCCAACACCGGGUACACGUGUGUCGACGGCGGCGGUGGUGGUGAUGCUGGAAGCAAGGGAUGUGCCGCUGCUGUGCGUGUUGUCAACACACAGCAGAGCGGAGACUGGUCGCUGAUUGGCGUGGCAUCAGGCAAGGUGCAGCGCGACGUGUUUGCCCUCAUGUACAACCACGGCACGUCCCUGUCCUCGGCCUCCUUCGCCCACGCCGUCCUGCCUUCUGUGGCGUCACCCACGGAUAUGGAGCACGCCGUGGCCGCCAUCAGGGCCGCCACCACCAUCGCCACCGCCCGGGGUGCGGCUGUCUCUGUCCUCGUUGCACCGACAAGCGCCACCUCUUCACAGCAGGACGCCGCAAAUCGGCAUACAGGAGCGGGGUACAUGGCGUACCACGUGGUGGCAUCGGGUGGUGACACCGCUUUCCCAUUGCACGCCGUCACGGCUGCCGACGCACCCGCCUUCAUUGCCGCCCAAGCCGCCUCCGCAACAACUGGAGCAACAACAACAACAGCCGCAAGAACAGCAUGGCGUGGUGGUGCGGUGACAACAAAGCUGACGAGCGUGUGUGUCAGCAGCCCUGUGCACAGCGGGCCAAUCCACGUCAAGCUUGCUGCCAACACCACGUGCAAUGCAGCCACCCUCACCCUCACCCUUCCCGAUGGCGAUCACAAGGGACAGUCUGUCCACCACACGUGCUGAUUGGUGCUGCUUGCACGCCCAGUGUGUGCAAUGCGCUGUGCUCUUGUGCCUCCCACAUAGGUGCACGCGUUUUGCUGUUACAUGACAUUCUUCCCACGCGUUACGUGACGUGAUGUGGCAUUACAUUACACCACACACACCAUUCCCUGCCCC